UGGGCUCACGAGAGGAUGUGGAAGGAGGUACUGUCUGUGACCUUUUAUCGGGCUGUCUUUGCUGAGUUCCUAGCCACCUCCAUCUACGUCUUCUUCGGCCUGGGCUCAGUCCUCCGCUGGCCCUCAGCCCUCCCCACCAUCUUACAGAUUUCUAUUACCUUCAACUUGGCUGCAGCUACUGUGGUCCAGAUUGCCUGGCAUGUCAGUGGUGCUCAUGUCAACCCAGCUGUGACUAUGGCCUUCCUGCUUGGCUCUCGUAUCUCUUUGGCAAGAGCUGCUUGCUAUAUGGUUGCCCAGCUGGCUGGAGGCAUCGCUGGAGCAGCCACGUUGUAUGGAGUGACGCCUGCAGAGGUCCAAGGAAGCUUAGGCAUUAACACGGUGCGGAGCAACAUCACUUCUGGACAAGCAGUUGCUGUUGAGCUCAUUCUCACCUUUCAGCUGGUUCUUUGUUAUUUUGCUUCCACCGACAGACACAGAAAUGCCAACUCCCCAGCCACAUUCAUUGGCAUAUCCGUUGCCCUGGGACACCUGAUUGGGAUCUACUUCACUGGCUGCUCCAUGAAUCCUGCAAGAUCCUUUGGCCCUGCUGUCAUAGUCAACAAGUUUACUGUCCACUGGAUUUUCUGGGUGGGCCCCAUGACAGGCGCAAUUCUUGCUUCUCUGAUAUAUAAUGUACUUCUCUAUCCUGACCUGAAGAGUCUCUCUCAGAGGCUGGCAAUUCUAAAAGGCACCUUUGACAUGGAGGCAGAAGAUAUGGAGGAAGCAAAGCAGAACAGGCAGCCUGUGUCAUUGACCAAUGUCAUACAAAGGGUUUAAUCACAUAGCAUCCCACAGACAACUGGGUAUUCUAGAGUCGGCCAGGUACUAUCCCAUGAGCUGACAGAGCACGAUAUUUGAUGGUAUCUGGUGGGUGCAGGAUCAUGGUAGGAAGAGACAUAAGCAUAGACAACUCGUGCCUUCUCCUAUGUGGGGGGGGGCACACCGUAAAGGGGAGGACACAUGAUCGCCCCAUAUGUCUCCUUCAGGAGAAACUUCCACCCCAUCUUCCUGGUCCAGGGCAGCCAAUCCUGCCAGCUCCUGGUGGGGGUUGGGGCCACAGCAGUGAGCAGCACAUGCCUCUGGGCCCAGUCCUGGCUGAGCAGAGGCCAGGGAACCUGCUCCCAGCA